UCUACUAGUUUCAGUAACACGAGUUUUCAAGCAGCACCACACUCGCUAGUCACUCUCCCCCCGUCCCCCGACUGCAGCUAAACUCCGCCGAAAACCCUAGCCGCCAAUCCCCUUCCUCCGGCCCAGGCGGCGGCCGCGCGCCAUGUCCCCGCCGGCGCCGCACCUCGUCGACGAGAUCAUUGAGGAGAUCUUCCUCCGUUUGCCCACCCCCGCCGCGCUCGCCCGCGUCUCGACCGCCUGCCCCCGUUUCCGCCGCAUCAUCACCGAGCGCUCCUUCCUCCGCCGCUACCGCAAACGCCACCCGCCGCCGCUCCUGGGGUUCGUGGAUGACGCAGGCGGCUUCCACCCCGCCCAGGCGCCCUACCCCUCCGCCCCACUCGCCCGUGCCCUCGCCGACGCUGCCGAUUUCACAUGCUCUUUCGUCCCCAAGCCCAGCGAGGGGUUGUGGUAUGCGUGCGACGUCCGCGACGGCCGCGUCCUUCUCGUGGAGAUCAGCCUUAGUAGCAACGGCAUCGCGGUGUGCGAUCCCUUGUCACGGCGCUACGUGCUGCUUCCGCCCACACCUGGGGACCUGACAUCCGAGAAUAAACGCCCCCGUCAAAGCAAGCCCUUGCUCGUGCCCGUUAGCGAAGAUGAGGAUGAGACCUUGUUCAAGGUGAUCCGCUUUGCUGACUAUGGUACCGAACUGGCUGUGUUUGUCUUCUCUUCCAUCACCGAAAAAUGGUCAGUAGCUGCAUCAACCAGUUGGAGCUCAUCAACCAGUUGGAGCUCUUUGGGUGGUCGCCCCCCUUGGUUGGACAGUCACCCGUUUGGAUGCCGCGGCCUGUCCUGUUUCGUAGGUGGCUGCUUCUAUUUGGCAUCGCCUUGCGGGGACAAGUUGCUCGUGCUGGAGCUGGACACACUGUUUUCUACUGUCAACAAUCACACUGGCCACCACGUAAAGCUCAGAUGGCUGCCUAGGCGGGUGGAAAACGAUCUCGCCAGAAACAACAGGCAAUGCAGACCUCGGCCUGGCCAGGCCAGACUGCCUCGCAUUGUAGUGGGUAAAGAAGGAGCCAUUGAGGUGUUUUCUCUCCUUGAUGAUAACAGCCCAAAUGGCUUGUUUUAUCUCUAUCAUAGUACCCAACAAAAUAAUGGUGAAUCUUCCAAGGAAUGCCAGCUGGAGAAUAUUGUACCGUUGCCUGGCGGAUAUAACUAUUUCACCGUGGGCGCAGAUGAGGGAUUCUUAUUCCUUGGAGCCACUACAGAAGAUCAGCUGGACAUUAGUAGAGGCUCAGGAGUGGAGUUGUUGACUACUUACUGGGAUGUAGACUAUUUUUCGCUGGAUGUCAAGACUUCUGAACUUAUGAAGGUUUGUAGGAGGAAGAGGUGUUUCUUUACUCGUGAAAAUGUUUACUGGUACUUCGGCUUCCCUCCAUCAUUGUCAAAACCAAGUAUAUGAAGUGGGAUGAACUUCCUUUCCUUUUGGGGUCUUCCGUUUGGGCCAUGCAUCUGAUGCCUUCGAGGAGAACUGGAGGAUGGACAAGAUGGCGCUGCGAUUAUGGUAGCUAGAUAUAGUACUGGCGCCUUGGUGUGUUGUCAUUAGGAAUUGACCAUCUAAGCAAGACGAUGUAAUCACAAGCUGAAUAUGUAAGAGCCGAACUGUUCUUUUGUGUUGGCACAAUUGCUGUGGCCUA